UCUCUAGCUCCACUAAAGUCUCAUUUCUCUCUCUCUCUCACUACAGCAAUGGCGGAACAGUCGCCACUCAAAUCUCUCGCCUCCCUCCUCCUCCUCCUCACUCUACUCACCUCCGCCGCCGAGUCUCGCCUGACCACCGACUUCUACUCAAAAUCCUGCCCAAGAUUCCUCGACAUAGUCCGCGACACGAUCUCCGACAAACAGAUCACGCACCCGACCACCGCCGCCGCCGUCAUCCGCCUCUUCUUCCACGACUGCUUCCCCAACGGCUGCGACGCCUCCAUCCUCGUCUCCUCCACCGCCUUCAACGCCGCCGAGCGCGACUCCCCCAUCAACCUCUCCCUCCCCGGCGACGGCUUCGACGUCAUCGUCAGAGCCAAAACCGCCCUCGAGCUCGCCUGCCCUCAAACCGUCUCCUGCUCCGACAUCAUCUCCGUCGCGACUCGCGACCUCCUCGUCACCGUCGGCGGUCCUUACUACCCGGUCCACCUCGGCCGCCGCGACUCCCGCGUCUCCAAAGCCUCCCUCCUCGCCGACCUCCUCCCUCUCCCGUCGUCUCCGAUGGCCAAGACCAUCCGCCAGUUCGAGUCCAGAGGCUUCACCGUCCAAGAGAUGGUGGCCCUCAGUGGAGCGCACUCCAUCGGGUUCUCGCAUUGUAAAGAGUUCGUGGGCCUGGUGGGCCGGAAUGGUACCGGGUAUAACCCGAGAUUCGCGCAGGCGUUGAAGAAGGCUUGCUCUAGCUACCCGAAGGAUCCGACCAUCUCUGUCUUUAACGACAUCAUGACUCCGAACAAGUUCGACAAUAUGUAUUACCAGAAUAUCCCCAAGGGUCUCGGGUUGCUUGAGUCGGAUCACGGGCUGUACUCCGACCCGAGGACCCGGCCUUUUGUUGAUCUUUACGCUAGAGAUCAAGAUCGGUUCUUUAAAGACUUCGCUAAAGCUAUGCAAAAGUUGAGUCUUUACGGUGUUCAGACUGGUCGGCGGGGUGAGAUCCGGCGAAGAUGCGAUGCCAUUAACUGAGUUUUUAUUUAUUUUAAUGUUAUUUUUCGGAUUAUAUUUUGGGGAAGAAUGUGAGAUUUGAGAGUGUUAAUCUUCUUGAGUAAUUGCUCAUAUGUUUUUAUAUAAUGUAAAACACUUAUAAUCUAUAUGGAUGAUCGUUUUAAUU